AUGGCGAUAUCCCACGUCCGGCCUUUGCUUCUUCCUCUCCUUGUAUCACUCUUUUUCUUACCUGCUGCUUUGAACGCAACCAGAUUCUCGAAAUGCGAUCCCCGUCAUAGCUAUCCCAUUGCUGCAAGCGGUGUACUUUUCUCCCCAGACGAUGACUGGAUUAAGACUAGCACUAAUGCAAACAUUACGCUAUCCGCUCAGACAUACACAAACAUCUCUGAUGGAGCAACUGUAACAUUCAGCAUUUGGGGAUAUAUCUCAGACGAUAGAAACUACCCCUUAUGUGAUCUAGUGGCGUGCCCAGUUGCACCUGGCCCCCUUGUGUUUACUUUACCUAACGUAUUCACGGAGGAAGAACUAACCAGAAUAAUAACGGUGGAGAAUCAGGAAGACCCGAUGAUGUGCAUCCACUUCGAUUGUUUCGUAACAGCUGAAACGGUCCCUGCUUAG